AUGAAGAAGGCUUUCCUCAAGAUGUUUAACAGCUCUCCCAAGUUCUUGGUCGUCGUUGCCUCCAAGCGCCACGACUGUCUCAAGGGCUCUGCCAUGCCCGUCUCAAUGAGUGCCACCACCACUCACUAUGCCGCCGCUGUCGAGACCAAUGGCCACCGCGUCGAGAUGAUCACUGAUGAGAACAUCGAGAAGCAUAUCAUUACCCUCAUUCAGAACGGCUGCUCGAGACAGGUUGGUUAG